AUGAAUCCCGAGGACUGCACACUCGCGACCUGCUCCCUCGAGGAUGCGUACAUGCACUACCAGCCUUCAAUCCCCGGCUGCAGCGUCUACAUCGCCCUCUACGGUCUUCUUCUCGCCAUCCAAGCCAUUCAAUGUCCGAUAUAUCGCAUGUGGGGAUUCUCAGGGUCGAUGGUUAUCGGCCUCACCCUGGACAUUAUCGGCUACGUCGCGCGCAUUCUGUUCCACGGCGAUCCCUUCAACUUUGACUAUUUCCUAAUGAACCUCAUCUGCCUCAGCCUCGCUCCUAUUUUCUACUGCGCCGCCCUGUAUUUCCUGCUAGGCCGUGUUGUGACUGUCUACCGUGGAGAGGACAUCUCUCGUCUCCGACCCCGGAACUAUGCUAUCGUCUUUGUCUCGUGUGAUGUGGUCGCUCUGGUCCUGCAGGGUGCUGGCGGUGCUAUUACAUCUAUCGCGCCUGCUGAUGAUCCUGGCCUUAGAGACACCGGCGUCAACAUCAUGAUUGCCGGGUUGGCGUUCCAGCUCGCCACGCUGACUCUGUUUAUCUCGUUUUCUGUCGAGUUUGUCUAUCGCUUAUUCCGACGUGAACGGAGGACAUCAGUGCAGGAUGGUGAGUCUAGCAAGGAUGAAUACGCUGCUAUUCGGGCGAGGAAGUGCUGGAAGGCCUUCAUAUUGGCCCUGGUUCUGGCGACGGUCACCGUUUAUAUCCGGUCCAUCUAUCGUGUUGUGGAGCUGAAGGGCGGCUUUGAUAGCGCGGUCGCCAACGAUGAAGUCGCGUUUAUGGUGUUGGAAGGCGCCAUGGUCUCGAUUACGUGCAUUUGCUUGACGGUCAUGCAUCCAGGGAUGGCUUUGCGGACGCGUCGGAGCAAAACUGAAUCGAUGUAG